CAUGUUUCGUCUCUAUUGCCACUUUUCCAACAGUAUCUGAAUGCAGCGUGUCACCUGACAGCUCAGAGGAGGAACACUAACAUGGCGGUGUGUAUUGCAGUGAUCGCAAAAGAGAACUACCCGCUGUAUAUCCGCAGUGUGCCCACUCAAAAUGAGCUGAAGUUUCACUACACAGUACACACCUCUCUGGAUGUGGUGGAGGAGAAGAUUUCCGCAGUGGGCAAAUCUUUGGGAGACCAGAGAGAGCUGUACCUGGGGCUGCUCUAUCCCACUGAAGAUUACAAAGUAUAUGGGUAUGUUACCAACUCCAAGGUGAAAUUUGUCAUUGUUGUGGACUCAUCAAAUACAUCAUUACGGGACAAUGAAAUUAGAAGUAUGUUCAGAAAAUUACACAACUCCUUUACUGAUGUAAUGUGCAACCCAUUCCACAAUCCUGGGGACACCAUUCAGUCCAAGGCCUUCGAUGGCAUCGUAUCUGGAAUGAUGGUACAAACUGGCUGACAUCUCUUCCCCCCCCACCCACCCCCCUGAGUGUCCACUGUACAGAACACCCCUAAUCCUAUUUUUUUUGUUUACAUGUUGCCUUGAUUAUUGAAAUGCAUAAGUAAUAAAACUUUGAUUGUUGAUGCAAA